GUGUGUGUGUGUUUGGAGUGGGGUGGGGGUAUAGAUCCCACCCCACCCACCAUCCCCAACUGGCAUGUUUGUCACUGCUUGCCCAUCACCGGGGGGUUGAGAGGAGGAUGACAGGUCUUUGUUGUCUGAAUAAAAAUCAGUGGCAGCUCUAGGGAGAGAACUCCUCCUACUAAAUUAUCAAAAAUGGGCUGGCUUUAGUCUCUUAACAAAUUGGACAGAGCUCCGGAAAGCAGCAGUCCCAAAUCCAACCUACAGGCACUGGGAACUUUAAAGCAACCAGGGACUGCUGAAAAUAGCACUUCUUUUUGCUUUCUUUGUGUUCAAAACUAUUUCCUUUCCCGGCCGAUUUGGUUGCCCCUAGUUCCAAGUCUCUUCAGUUAGGAGCCCCCGCUCUCCAGCGCAGUAACAGAUUCUCCUGCUUGGUUUUUUUGUCUUGUUUUUGUUAUUCUUACUACAUUAUUUUUCUUCUCCCCCUUGUUUGUUUUCUGCACAUCUUCAGGAAGCCCUCGGUGCUUGUGCAAAGAGAAGCCACUUUUGCAAUCUCCCUCUGCCUGCGCCGUGCGCCUUGGUGUAGACAUUUUGGAUGAUCUAAAGACUCUGGGGUCUGUAUAUGGAAAUAGUGGGGUGCAGAGCAGAAGAAAAUACUUGUCCUUUCCGUCCCCCAGCCAUGCUUUUCCACGGGAUCUCCGGAGGCCACAUCCAAGGAAUCAUGGAGGAGAUGGAGAGGAGAUCCAAGACCGAGUCCCGCCUGGCCAAAGGCGGACAGAUGAACGGCCGGGAAACGAACAUGCCCCCAAUGAGCCCCGAGAAGCCUGCUUUGUGUGCUGGUUGUGGAGGGAAGAUCUCAGACAGAUAUUACCUGCUGGCUGUUGACAAACAAUGGCACCUCAGGUGUCUCAAAUGCUGUGAAUGUAAACUGGCUUUGGAGUCAGAACUCACCUGCUUUGCCAAGGACGGCAGUAUUUACUGCAAGGAGGAUUAUUACAGGUUCUCCGUGCAGAGAUGUGCCCGCUGCCACCUUGGGAUCUCAGCCUCCGAAAUGGUCAUGAGAGCCAGGGAGUCGGUUUAUCACUUGAGCUGCUUCACCUGCACCACCUGCAACAAGACUCUGACCACAGGCGAUCACUUUGGCAUGAAGGACAACCUGGUUUACUGCAGGGCCCAUUUCGAGACCCUUUUGCAAGGCGAAUACCCGCCUCAGUUGAGCUAUACUGAGCUGGCUGCCAAGAGCGGAGGGCUGGCACUGCCUUACUUCAAUGGCACUGGCACAGUCCAGAAAGGGAGGCCCAGGAAGAGAAAAAGCCCAGCUCUAGGAGUGGACAUCGUCAGUUACAACUCAGGUUGUAAUGAGAAUGAGGCAGAUCACCUGGACAGAGACCAGCAGCCUUACCCCCCAUCCCAGAAGACUAAGCGCAUGCGCACUUCCUUCAAACACCACCAGCUUCGCACCAUGAAGUCCUACUUUGCUAUCAACCACAACCCAGAUGCCAAGGACCUCAAGCAGCUUGCCCAGAAAACGGGCCUGACCAAGAGAGUUCUGCAGGUUUGGUUCCAAAACGCAAGAGCCAAAUUCAGAAGGAACCUUUUGCGGCAGGAGAAUGGGGGUGUCGAUAAAGCUGAUGGCACGUCACUUCCGGCACCGCCCUCAGCAGACAGCGGCGCUCUCACUCCACCCGGCACUGCGACCACUUUAACAGACCUGACCAAUCCCACUAUCACUGUAGUGACAUCAGUGACCUCUAACUUGGACAGCCACGAAUCCGGGAGCCCCUCACAAACUACCUUAACGAACCUUUUCUAACAUUUGAGUUUUUUUUAUUCUUAUUCUUCUUUAUUAUUAUUUACAAGACUCUUUAUUUUUUUUUAAACAAACCCACAAAAUAUUUGGGAAAACAAACAGCUUGGUGUGUAGCAUCUGCAGCCACUUGGCAAAUGAGUUUGCAGUAAUAUGUCUCCAUUAUAAAUGAACAUAUUUUGUCUAUAAAUUGUAUUUGGAUUUUUUUUAAUUCAUCAGACAAUUGAAGGGAAAGUUAUGAAUCAUUCUAAUAAGUGCCUCUUAAAAUUGUAUGUUACUUAUUUCCAGAAUCUUGGGGGGGGAAGAGAGGGAGAAGAAAAUUAUAUUCCCAGUCUGAUAAUCUGAGAAAGCCUCUAACAGUUCAUUUAAAGCCAAUAGUUUGCUGCUCCAGGAUUGUAUGUGCAUUUAUGGAGUUUCAGAGUCCUAAGUCUAACUUUAUUUUUAUAAUACAUGUUUAAGUUUCAUACUAUGUAUUUUUCACACCUACAAAACAAAUCAAAUUAGGAAUUGGAAUAGACAGCGGCAUUCCAAGUGUCAAUGCUUCUUCUUCUUUUUCUUCUUUUCUUUUUUGUUUGUAUAAAUAUUAGUUAUGAGCUUGACCCUGUAUUCAUUGAGCACCCAAAAUUCCCAUGCAGGUCAAUAAUCUCAACCCUGCAAGCCAUUCAUCCAUGUGGAAUGUCCAUUGACACCAGUGGGAGUAAGGCACGGAUGGAGGACUUGCAGGAUUAAGCUCAAUGGGACUGGUGUGUAGGUAAGGACUGCAAGAUCAGGCCCUUGGUCUGUGAAUUCUGAAUUAUGCACACCAAAGGCCUUAAUCCUGCAAACACUUAUGCUCCAGAGUAACUUUACUCAUGUAAGGAGGCUCACUAAAGUAUACACCAGAGGAACUAUUCAGAUGAAAAGCCCCAUUGAUUUCAAUGAGUUUUCUCAUAUGAGUAAGGUUACUCUGUUGCAUCACUGUUUGCAGGAUUGGGCCACAAGGCUGAAUAAUUCAAUCUAAGUUUUAGCAUUGCCUAGGCAAAAUUUCAUUUUUUCCCACUCUGCCAUAAAUGCCACUGAUUUUAAUUAAAAAAAAGAAAAGAAAACAAUUCACUCUAUAUGGCCCUGAUCCUGCAUCAGUAAAGCCAAUGGGAGAUUUGUCAUUAACUUUAGUGAGUGUAGGAUGAAAUUCUAAAUGUAUACAGAUCUUUAUUACUAAGGCAAUUCUCGAUGAAUUAAACUUUUUCAGGGAAGAUGGAAAUAAGCAAAAUAUAAUUUAUUAAGAUGUUUAAGGAAACUGAUUUUAGUACAUUUUAUUCAUGCUAUUUUGAAUUUAUUUUAGAUGUUUCAUGAGAUUGUAUCAGACACUUUGUUUAAUACAUGAACUUAAAUCUUUAGUACAUUAAUAUUUCUAAUAUAUACUUUAGUUUUUUAACUUUUGUAUAAAAGAAAAAUGCAUUAGAAGAAUUCUUAUGAAAUUUGGAAUUGGCAGUGGGUAGCUUUGAGGCAGAUAAACUCAGAAGACCUUGUGGAUGCUGAUCUAAAUACAUUUCCUAGUUUACAAUAGCAAUUUUUUUUCUUUUUCUUUUUCUUUUUUUUUUCUUUUUUCUUUCUUUGAAUUAAGCUAAAAGUCUGAAUGGUCUGGGCAGUGGUGAAUGUUCAUUUGUUCCCCUUUAUUGUAGUUAAAAACAAUUAGAUUGUGGAAAGUCUGAGAAACAAAAACAAAAAACCAGUCAAGAUCUACAUCUUGCUUUUAGUGGAUUGUUAAGAAUAACUUUGCACAUAGAAUCCACUUUUUAGACCCCAUCAAAUCUCUCUUUUGGUGGUGAAAGUGGCUAUUUAAUAUAUUUUAAAGGUGUCCUUUUUGGCUGUAUAAAUGUGUGGUUACAUAUUGACAGUUCACUGCCCACAUUAAAGUGCAUUAUUGUAACUUUUGCUCAGGGUUUUUAGAAAAUUAGCACAGAAAAGUAGCUUAUUUUUUAAAAAAAAGAUGAUGGAAGAGAUGUUAACACUGUAAUAGAAGAAAGGUGUGUUUGCCAUUAUAUAUUUAGCAAGUAUGGUUAUCAUCUUCUACGGAGCUUAAAUCUUGACUUUUCCUAUUUCUAUUACCUUAUGGGCAUUUACCACUAACCAGACCAAACAACCUUGGUAAGGCUGAGAUCUUUAUUAAUACACUUUUACAGGUAAAAAUAUUGAUACUUAUAAAUUUUGUUCUUUGACAGAACAAUAUAUGGUACUAUAGAUCUACUUUAUUAAGUAGACUAAUUAUAACUCAGUUCUACUAUGUGCCUUAUGAUAUAACUUGGGAGUAAGUUUGUGAAAAAUCAGGAUAUAUGUGUUGUUUGUUAAAUUAACUGUUUUAAGCCCUUUUGACACCUCACUAGUUUUGUACUGUUUUACCUCUUAUUUCUGAAACUCUUUUUAUGGUGUAUCCUGUUAGAGGGGACAAACAUGUCAUAGAAAGCAGUUGUGCACUCUUUCAGAUAUAGUUGAUAAAUUCAAUAAUCUUAUAUAUUGAGCUUCGUGUUUAUAGUACAGUAAGUGGUCUAGCAAAAUUGUCCAUGUUUCUUUGUUUAUUGAUAAAUGCAUUGUAUAGAAACUAUUUCCCCUAAAUAUUUAUGGACCAAACAAUUGUGAUAUAUCCUAUUAAAUUUGUGUGAAUAAAUCA